AUGAAACUCUUCAAGUUUCUUGCAGUCUAUGCAACUGUCAAUGCCACCGAGGAAGUUGAAACAGAUGACGUCUUUUUGAAUCAAUGUCAAGCAGCAUACUUCGAAAGCCAAGGUAUCACCAUCGACCCGGCCAUGGUAAUCGAGGAUGAUUGCGACAAGGGCGGUGAUGAGGAUCGUGCUGCCGUUGGGAGCGUGACAAAAUGGAAUAAUUUAUGGGACCCGGCUCAAAACAAGUUCGUCGUCCCAUACUACUAUUCUGCGGGAUACGAAGACUUCGAAUUCGAGGGACACACCGGGGCAAUGUCAAUGGAUGGAAUCAACGACAACGUCGCUCAUUUCGAACGACUUACCUGCGUCAAGAUGAAACUCAUCACCGAAGCUGAAAAGGACGACUACGAUUCCGCCAUCCGAGUAACAUGGAAUAAUGAUCCGGACGAAAAGUGCUGGUCCGGCGUUGGUCGAAGCAAUGGUGAUGCUGUCAUCAACAUGCGACCUGAUUGCUACACCUGGUGGGGCGGAACUACGGUCAAUCACGAGUUCAUGCAUCGAUUGGGUUUUCUCCACGAGCAUUCGCGCCCUGAUCGCGAUGAUCACGUGGCCAUUCACGAGAAUGUGGUCGACACUUGGAACUACCGAAAGUUGACCUACGGUCCAUCCGCCAUCGGGCAGUGGGAGGAUCUUGGCAGCCCAUACGAUUUCAACUCGAUUCUUCACUACUACUCGGGGACUGAGCCAGAUGGACUUGCUACUAUCGGAGUCCCCGGAAAUCCGUCGGUCCGCGCUCCUGUCGACAGAACAUGGCCAAUGUCUGAGCAGGAUGCCUUCCAGCUCAACGCCUACCACGGCUGUGAGAUGAACAACAAGUGUGCUGACGCGGGGCCAGGCCGAUGUGGAGGACCGUUCCACGGAUGCGUCAACCGACCGAUCGGCUACGAAUGUGUCUGUGCUGACGGUUUCAACCUCGUCACCGGUGCCGAUGGUGUUCAAACUUGUGUGUUCCCAACAACAACAGAUGCACCACCAACCAAACUCAUCCAGGACAUGGUCGUGAUGAUUGACGGAAGCGGCUCAUACAGAAGCUACAGGAGUGACGCAUGCGACGGUGUUAAGACACUGAUUCGAAGGGGAAUCCAACUGGAGGAAGAAAGAGACGAGAUCUUCCGCAUCGGUAUUUCCCUCUACUCGGAUAGAACUUUUGACUCCGGCGAAUUCACAAGAACAUGGUCGAGAGUUUUCGAUAUCCCCUUGGAAUUGACUGACGUCUCCGAGUUUCUUGAUGACAGAGAUGAGGUCGAUGAAGUUAAACUUGAUGAAGUUUAUGAUAUCUGCAUGGCGCGUCUUGGGAGCAUGUACGGUGGAGGUGACUGGGAAGAAGAUACUCUCUCCGAAACCAAAUCUGGCGGCACAGUCACACCUCCAACAUCCCUGCUCCCCGGCCAAACUCUUGAUGAUCUCUACAUCUUCGGCAACGAUCCAAAUCAAGCGGGUGGUCAGUACACUUACUAUCCUCUGGAUCCUGCUGUCAAUUUCCUCCUUUGCUCAGAGUUUUCUCUCGACAAAAUCUUCAUUACUGCCAAAACAACCUCCACUGUAGUAUUCGAUGCCUACAGGGCAAUUGAAACAAGUGCUGAAAAUCAAUGCGAAGAUGGAGAGAAAUUAGAUAUCAUUCCAGUUGCAGGAAGCGUCGCAGAUCAAUUCGCAACGCUUGCUGCAAUGCUGGAGGACUUCGCAUCAGCUGCAGCUACAUCUGCGGGGUCAACUGAUCCUGAUGAAUGCGCUCUUGGAACUGACGAUUGCCAUGCCGACGCGACCUGUACUGACACUUCAUCGGGCUAUACUUGCGCCUGUGAUGAUGGCUUCCACGGCGAUGGCUUCGUCUGCACUGCUGUCGAUCCUUGCGAGACGCUCACAUGCGACGGAGCCCAGGAAUUCUGCCGAAACGGUGCCUGCACUUGCAACGACGGCUACGAGAUGGUCGAUGGAAGCUGCGCCGAUGCUGACGAGUGUGCCAUCAUCGACGCUUCGGUUACACUGACUUCUAUCGGGGACACUCUCCUGGUUCCUUGUGCGGAAGGAGCUACUUGCAAUAACACAGAAGGGUCGUACGAGUGCAUUUGCGACGGAAAAGGAUGGGAAGAGAUCGAUGGAGUCUGUGUGGACAAGAAAGCUUGGAAACAAAUCCAGACUCAGUAUACCAUCCGAAUGAAUAAAGUCAAUGGACACUUCGCCAGACUGAUUGACAACUUGGAAAAAACGCGAUUCACUCGAACUUACAUCCGAAAAAUGUUAAAGAAGAUCCAACAGCUCGACGCAUCAACAAACGAAGACAAGUACCGAUGCGACGGUUCCGACGUACCUGAGGAUGAUGAAGCCGGAGAUCUCCAAGUCUUCGAUGGAACGACCAACUGCAAACUCGCCUCUCAAAUCAACGGGGCUCUCGUCUCGGCAUCUCGAAAAUGGGCAUGCGCUCGAGGAUCUGCUGACAGACUCGUCCGACAUUUCAACAAGUUCCACGGACAAUUCAAGCGAAGAAUGUGCUCAGAGUAA